AUGGCUCCCUCUACCCCAUAUAUCUGCCUCAAUUGCAGAUGGGCACCUCGAUAUAAUCUGACUCAACUCCGUCUCCGACGCAAUCUCUCCUCCCAACGAACUCAAACCCUGCGACCCGCGACAGCUCCAAAACCCACCCCGGACAUCAAACACAUCCGUCAAAAUGUCGACAGCUAUGCCCAGAAUUGCAUUGACCGAAACUACGCCGGCCAUGCCGAAUACCCUUCCCAGAUUCAAGCUCUGUCAGAAGAAACCCGACAACUCGACCAGGAGCUGCGCACCCCUCGAUCGCGCAUCAAGCAACUAGAGAAAACCAUCGCGAAGCUCUCCUACGCAGCAAACACACCCUCAACAAGCAACGAACCCAGCGAAACGGCCCAACCCGAUAUCUCCUCCUUAAGAGCCGAGGCCCAACGUCUAAAAGACGAAUCCGCAGCUCUAACAACCCGCAAAGCAACCUGCACUGAAGAAAUCACCCGCCUAGCACUCUCCCUCCCCAAUCUCUCCUCACCACAAACUCCAAUCGGCCACAAACCAAGUCUAGUCUCCUAUCUAAACUUCGAUCCCACCUCUCCGCCUGCCUGGACAACCUCCAGCUCGGAAACCCUCGCCAAACGCUCCCACGUCUCAAUCGGGACAAAGCUGAACCUGUUAGACUUCACCAGCUCAGCUACAACAACAGGAUGGGGCUGGUACUUCCUUAUAAACGAAGGCGCGAUGCUGGAACAAGCACUAAUUCAAUACGCUUUAUCCGUCGCACGGAAACGAACCUGGAAACCCGUUUCCCCGCCCUCAAUCGUGUACUCCUACAUUGCCGAAGCAUGCGGUUUCCAGCCCCGAGACCAACACAACGAGCAACAAGUCUGGAACAUCGAGCAAAGCGAGCGCGAAAAGGACGUAAGGCCUCCACGCUCCUUAACCGGUACCGCGGAGAUCCCGUUAGCGGCUAUGUACGCGGGACGGGAGAUUGAUGCGAAGGAAUUACCACUUAGAGUUGUGGGUGUUAGUCGGUGCUACCGUGCGGAAGCUGGAUCGCGAGGCGUUGAUACAAAGGGUUUAUACCGUGUGCAUGAGUUUACGAAAGUGGAGCUUUUUGCGUGGACGGAUAAUGUUACUGAGAACAGUACCACUACCACUACCACUACCACUACCACUUCGGAUGGACUUUUCGAUGAGCUCUUGGAUAUCCAGAUGGAGAUCCUCACUUCGCUUGGUUUGCCUUGUCGGGUUCUUGAGAUGCCGACGGGUGAUCUUGGUGCGAGUGCGACUAGGAAGCGCGAUAUCGAGGCGCUGUUCCCAUCGCGGUACCGGCCUUCUGUGGUGAUGGAUUCGGAGGAUAUCGUUGAUCCUGCGGUGCGGGGAUUGGAGUCUGCGUGGGGAGAGGUGACUUCUGCGUCUAUCUGUACGGAUUAUCAGAGUCGUCGGUUAGCGACUCGUGUUCGGGGUGGUAGCGUGAAGGAGUCACGAUUCCCGCAUACUGUUAAUGGAACAGCGAUGGCUGUGCCGCGUGUUCUGGCUGCUAUCCUUGAGAAUGGAUACGAUGCGGAACGUGGUGUGGUUGUUAUUCCAGAGGUUUUGCGGCCGUGGAUGGAUGGUAUGGAGACUAUUGGAACUAAGCAGUGA